CAAGCGCCUGCUGCAAUCAUCUAUCUGCUGGACAUGGCUUCUACCGGCAUCAGCAUAGCUCUUCUGAUAGUGGUUCUAGCAGUUGCCUCAGCCGCUGUCCCUGCUCAGAGGUUCCCCAGCAACCAGGAGGUUCCUACCAUCAAGGGUGUUCUGGAGGCGCUGCGCUUCGCCUUCGUCGGUUCUCCCACCUACCACGCCAAGCAGCCCUGGGACUUUGACCCAGAGGUGUCCAAGAGACGCAACCCUGGGUACGAGGCUCUCCACGGUCAUCACUCCGAGCGGCUCAUAGAGAGGCUCGGGCUAGGGGAAGAUGGUCGUGAGGAGGAGAGGAGGCAACAACAAGCCAUCCGAGACAUCGGGGUGCCGAUCACGGGGAAGCGGUGACUGGGAACGUGAAGGAAGUUGACAUGAACUGAUCAGACUGAUGCGCAAUAACUUGUAUUUACUCUCAAUACCCGUCUCGUCCUGGGUGCUAGUUGCCAAGAAGUGAUAUUUGGAUGGAGGGCCUCACAUUAGUCCAAUUUACUUGUUAUGCACUUACAGUAGUCAAAACUAUUUUCGUCCGAUCCUGAUUGUUGAAGUUUACCAACUUUUCUUGAUUAGCUACGACCAAUCAUACAUCAUUUAGUAUGCUAUCAAUAAAGACCUAUUUGCAUACUAAUUGAGUUAGUUAUUUUUCCAACAUCAACGCAAGUGCAUUUUCAUAAUGAAACACAAGGAUUUUUUAAAUUAAAAACUCCAAAAUGACCUAAAUAUCUUGUAAUAGCUUAAAAAGUUCACUUGCACCAUCAAAAACCAAAGACACUAUAUUACAUUGUUUGUACACAAAUUCACACGUGAAACAUGAAGAUAUUCCCUUGUAUCUGGUGUUGGCCUGGUGGUGACGUCACUCCAGGUAACCGUUAUGUGCUGCUUUCUCCCGCGAUUUCUACAGACGGCCAAACCUUUGUUGGCGAUUUUCAAUACUGAAGAAGCAUUAUUUACCAUCCACGAGGACGGGGAUAUGAAUGAAUAAAAUGUUAACAUGUGACAUUCUUUUAAAAAGCCAACCACAACCUGUGGUAGUCAUGUAAAAUCCGCUUGUUUUACUAUGUGAAAUAUACUUGUAGAAUUCGUAAAGAUAAACUGA